UCUCACUCCUCUGAAAAAAACCCAUUUCGCCUUCUCUCCGUCUUCAAAACCCUAAUUUCUCCCAUUUCCCCUCUCUAAACCUCCAUUUUCUCUCUAAAUCUCUAUUUUCUGAAACUCUAUUGAACCCUAAAUCUCAAUUUCCAGAUGGCAAUUACAGCUGCUAGCCGGAAGAGAGGAAGAAAACCCAAAGAUGAUGAUCCUCCGGCACCAAAGAAGAAUAGAACAACGCUUAAAAUCUACGAUGUAGAAGCUGAAUCUACUGCUGUAGUGAAUCUAGAUACUGAAACAAGUAAAUCUUCUCAGGCGAAAGCAGUUAAAGGUAAAGGUAAAGCGGUGGUUGUUGAUUUACCGGAGAAGAAGAAGAGAGCAACAAGUAAAUCUGUGUCUAAAUCUGGACCAAAGAAGAAAUCAGAUGGUCCGUUGAAGAAAUUGAAGAGUAUCAGUAAACGUAAGAAGAAGGUUGGUGUACAAGAUGAAGAUGACGAAGAAGUGGUUGCAGAUCUGGAGAUUGUAAACCCUGAGGAAGCCGUAGAUGAGGAAGAAGAAAUGGAGAAAGAUGCUCAAGUCCCUGUGGAGAAAAUGCAAAGGAAAAUUUCAAAGUGUAAGAAACAGAAUGAGAAUUGCCGUUUAAUUGGGGAAUCGGUACCUAUUGAAGAGGCUAGACAAAGAUGGCCUCAUCGGUAUGAUGCUUUAAAGAUUAGGGAAGGUGGUGAAGGUUAUCUGCAUGUGAGACGGCACUUCACUGGUGCUCAAGUAGAUGGCGAGAUUUACCACUUGGGAGACUGUUGUCAUAUUAAGGCUGAAGCUGGACAAAAAGAUUAUAUAGGAAGAAUCAUUGAAUUCUUUGAAACCACCAAGAAGCAACCCUACAUUGCUGUGAAGUGGUUCUUCCGAGCGGAAGACACUGUCAUUAAAGAACACUCUUAUCUCAUUGAUUCACAACGGGUUUUCUAUUCAGACUCUGGGGAUGACAAUCCACUGGGUUGUAUAGUUGACAAGAUUACUGUUCUACAAGCAUCAUCCGUGGUCGAUGGGUGUCAUUACUUUUAUGACAUGUCUUAUUGUGAAAUUUUUUGUACAUUUGAAAAUCUAUGCACAGCAUAUGGAGAAGAAGCUAGUACAUCAUCCACUGCAGUUUUAAAUGAAGGUUGUUCGAAAGACUUUGAGCAAGAUUCUGCUAAUCCUGAUGAAGUUAUUACACUUCUGGAUAUGUAUGCCGGCUGUGGUGGGAUGUCCACUGGCCUGUGCAUGGGUGCAGCUGAGUCAGAUGUCAAACUUGUCACUAGAUGGGCAGUAGAUUUUAACAAAGACGCUUGCGAAAGUCUUCGUUAUAAUCAUCCUGAGACAGAGGUGCGAAAUAUGAAGGCUGAGGACUUUUUACGGUUGCUCCAUGAGUGGAAAGAUCUCUGUGCUCGUUACCAUUUGUUGGGAUCUGUUUAUAGUAAAACAAAGAAGCCAUCUGAGAACAAAGAGAAGGAAGAAACUGAAGAAGAGGCGCAGAGACGCCCACCGGACGAGAAUGGUGAGUAUGAAGUCGACAGGAUAAUAGGAAUCUUUUAUGGUGUAAACCCAGACACAGAUGAAGGGCCUGCUGCCUUACACUUUAAGGUGAAGUGGAAUGGGUGGGGCUCGGAUUGGGAUUCUUGGGAGCCUUUUUCGGAGCUAACGAAAUGUGAUGACUGCAUUAAGGAAUUUGUUACAGAUGGAUACCAAGCCAAUAUAUUGCCUCUCCCUGGUACUGUGGAUGUUAUUUGUGGUGGACCCCCGUGCCAGGGAAUCUCUGGCUUCAACAGGUUCCGAAAUUAUGAGGAGCCUCUCAAUGACCCCAAGAAUUAUCAAUUGGUUGUUUUCAUGGACAUUGUCAAAUUUCUUCAGCCAAAGUUCACUUUGAUGGAGAAUGUGGUAGACCUUAUGCGAUUUUUGGAUGGAACACUUGGUCGUUAUGCCAUGGGUCGACUUGUAGCAAUGAACUACCAAGUCCGUCUUGGUUUACUGAUAGCUGGAAGUUAUGGGCUUCCACAGUUCCGUAUGCGGGCAUUCCUUUGGGGUGCCCAAAACACCAAGAAACUGCCGCAAUUUCCUCUGCCUACGCAUAAGGUUAUUGCUCGUGGGUUUAGCCCUAAGCAGUUUGAGCGAAAUGUGGUUAAGGGGGAUGAAGAAUAUACACUGCAGCUGAAAAAAGCUUUACUUCUAAAAGAUGCAAUUUAUGAUUUGCCUGAGAUAACAACGCAUGAAAUCCAAGAUGAGAUGGACUAUGGUAAUGAUGAGCUUACGUCGGAUUUCCAAAGGAUGAUUAGAUUACCAAAGCAUGAGUUGAUUGGAUCAGCUUACCCAGAGGAAUCAGUGGCUUUAAAGCUUUAUGACCAUCGGCCGCUGAAACUAAGUGAGGAUGAUAAUCUCCGGGUUUCUAAAAUCCCCAGGGAGAAGGGCGCAAAUUAUAGAAACCUCCCUGGGGUUAUCAUUGAUGGAAAAAACAAGGCAAAGCGUGACCCGAAGAUGGCCAAAGUAAUGAUUGAAAAAUCUGGAAAGCCACUGGUUCCAGAAUAUGCUUUAAAAUUUGUCAGGGGAACUUCCAAAAAGCCAUUUGGAAGACUCUGGUGGGACGAAAUCGUGUCUACCGUUGUGACACGUGCCGAGCCCCAUAACCAGAUAAUAUUGCAUCCUGAACAAGAUCGAGUCCUGUCAAUCCGGGAGAACGCCCGUCUUCAAGGUUUUCCAGAUUUUUAUCGUCUGUUUGGUACUGUGAAGCAGAGGUACAUGCAAGUUGGUAACGCAGUGGCUGUACCGGUAGGAAAAGCUCUAGGAUUUUCUCUUGCAAAGGCUGUAAACAAUACUUCUGGCAGUGGACAGGUUUAUGAACUCCCUCUAUCCUUCUCAAGAUGAACAAGAUUUGAAUCAGUUAAUGUUAACUUGUGUAAAAAGGUUCGAAUGAUGACAGCAGAUAACAAUUUCAAUGAGGAUUUGAGUAAUUCUUAUGGGUUUUUGAUCCAAAAACACAUUGAUUUAUUUCUUUGCUGUCUCUUGGUAAUCCAAUCCUGAUCAGUAGCACAUUUAGCUCUUAAGUACUGUAACUUUUGGAUCUACAUUCUUCUGAAGAGAAAUUCAGUUUUUCA